AUGCAUUCCUCAGCGUCAUUUCUCCACUCGAUUUACCCAAAUCUCCCCCACACGCUCAGCUCGAGCCAUCCACCGUGCAUCGCGCUGUACACCCUCCUCCACACCCAACCACCAUCCCCUCCUCACGCCAAACCAGGCGAAAGUCUGCUCGCCACCAUGGCUCCCAAAUCUACUCCAGCACCGUCUUCGGCUGAGCGUCAACGCGAUGCAGAGCGACAGCCGCUGCUCGCCUCCUCGUCGUCGUCGGCGUCGGCGUCGGACAACCAGGACUAUCGCUCCAUCCCAGUCGAGCCAGCCGCAGCUCCGCAAGCAACCCGGCCGCCUAGGCGAUCUCCCUACCUCACCUUUUUCCUACGCUUCUACUUUGCCAUCGGUGUGCUUCUACUUCUCCCCGUCACCGCACUCCUCAUCCUGCUCGCCAUCAACUACUUUGAACCCAUCCCGCUCCUCCUCCCGCCCCACCGCUCGCCUGCGCUCUUGCCGCUCUGGUUCGGCAUCAUCUCCCUCGCCAUGCUCGCUCCCGGCCUGCUCUUCUUCGAGCUCGCCUCAAGCUCCACGAAUGUCUUCCACCUCUUCGUCCUCUGCUUCACCAUCAUCGACGCCAUCCUCCUCGCAGCCGUGCCCGAGUUCCGCGUGACACACUCCUACCUCGGCUUCCUCUCCGUCGCACUCUGCCUCUUCUCCACGCUAUGGGCCUUCCUCUCUUCUCACCAUCUUCAGAAGCAGACCAUCCCCUUCACCCUCAACCCGGACUUUGGCGCGCCCAUCGUCACAGAGGUGCCCCUCGCACGCGCACAGGCAAAAUGGUCCCGCCGCUUCAAGCUUCUCAACGCCAUCUUUGGCUGUCUCGCCAUCGCCCUCGCUUCGGCUCUCGUCACCUUUGACCUCGUCCUCGAUGCCGCCGACUCGCGCUUCAAGCCGCUUGGCAACUUGACCUUGGUCCACCCUACCUCGCUCACAAAGCAGCCCGUCUACCCCCAGGAUCCCGCCGACGUCAACCCCUAUCCCGUCUCCUUCCGGCUCCAUCUCGCGUGCGAGGAGGCUCCCUCCCAGCCAGGCGCGCUCAAGUCGCACAACACCUCACACGUCGUGCCCACCGCCCUCGUCAUGCCCGAGCGAGGCGUGAGCGGUGUGAUCGCCGCCCAGUUCCUGCGCGAGAUGGUGGCAAGAUCUGCCUCUCACGCAAGCGGCGGCGAGGAUGGCCACCUCGCCCUCACCCGUGUCUGCUUCUGGGACCGCAUCGGCUAUGGCCACUCGGACUUUGUCUACCAACCCACCUCGGUGCGUCUGCAGACCGAGGCGCUCUACCAUGCACUUCACAAGUCUGGUCAGCUCGACCACACCGCUUCCAGCAGCAAGGACAAGAAAAAGAAGAACGACGAUGCCGAGCUCGGAAAGUUCAUGCUCGUGUCUACGGGAUACGGCCAUCUGUUUGCGCAGGACUUUGCGGUGCAGCAUCCGCACCUCGUGCACUCUUUCCUGCACAUCGAUGCCGAGACUCCCGGGUCGUGGUACACGGACAAGGUUGCGCGCAACUCUGGUGCACGCGCUGGCUACGCUGCUCCCAACCAUGGCGCGCUGGGUUCGGUGUACUACGACCUAAUUCCUGCGUUGAUCGAGCCGCUCGGCAUCACACGUCUCCUGGGCAUGCUGCACGGCAAGUCCGUGGUUGACCGCAUCUUGGCCCCCGGCGAGCGCGGUCGCUCGGGACGCAAGAACGAUCUCGCCGGUGGCGGCUGGCACAUCUACGGAGCUGGCGGAUCCAACCCGCGGCUGCUCAUGUCCUCGUGGCUUGAACGAUUGGAUGCCAACCUGGGCACAUCGAGUCCCAACUACGUCCAGCUGUCCAACACUUCCGAAUACGAGUCGCUGAUGGCCAAACGUCCUACCGCGGUGCUAUCGAGCUUUUGGAGGAUCCAUGCGGAUGUGCAGGGAUGGGCACAGCAACAGAAGUCGCUCGUGGCUGCGGCCAAAGACGGCUCUAGCUUGGUCGGAUGGUGGCGUGUUGGCGACCGAAAGUCAAGGUCCGGCGGUGGCGAUCAGGGCGGCGCCGCAGGCAUCUGCGACACCAAGAUGGGCGUCAUCUUCUGCCAAGAGGCCGUGCAUAAGCUCAUCGCUGCCGGCCAGAUGUGGAACUCGUCCAGCCUUCGCACCUGA